ACUGCAGCCUCAAAGCCCUACCUUCACAAAAGCCCUGCUUUCUCCGUCGCGCAGCGUCCCUCGCCGCUCUCUCUCAAUCCUCUGUGUCGUCUCUCACAGACCCACAAGCGAGGAUCAAGUUUUCAUCUUCUUCAACAAGUUUGGUGUGUAGGGAAUAUCAAGCCUGCUUGGUCCUUCUUAUGUGGCUUUCCAGAUGUGAGGUGUUGAUAUCAGUCUUGGUACACAUAGAAUAAGUUAUUAUGGGGGCUUCUCGUGCUCAGAUCAAUAAGGCUCACAAGAGCCGGUUUGCCUCUAAAUCAUCUCGACAAGUUCACAAAACUUCUGGCCUGGAUAGGAGGGGAAUUUCCAAAACCAACCAACAGAAUGUCUUGAAGGGUGCUCGUGCUACUCGUAUUCAACGAAACAAAAUGUUGCGUGAUAAAAAACGGGCUGCCAUUUUGAAGGAAAAGAGGGCCUCUACUGGAUUCGCAAGCCCUCCUCGUGUCAUUGUCCUGUUUGGCCUUUCUUCAUCUGUGGACGUUAAAUCUCUUUCAGAUGGUCUCCUGACAUUGCUAUCGUCUGAAUAUGAGGAAAAUGGUGCUUUGGAGUUUGAUAACAGAGUGGGAGCCAUGACCAUCUCUUCGCCCACAUUCAAGUUUCGAGCCACAAUUAUGGAAGCUCCUCAUGGAGAUCUCACGUCUUGCAUUGAAAUGGCUAAGGUUGCUGAUCUGAUUGCUUUUGUGGCAUCAGCGAGCUCUUCCUCUGAAGGUAGAUCUAAUUCUAAUAGUUACAUUGAUUCUUUUGGGAGUCAAUGCCUCACUAUCUUCAGAGCACUAGGCUUACCCAGUUCAGCUGUUUUGAUUCUUGACCUACCUACCGAUCAAAAAAAAAGAAGCGAAACGAAGAAGACAUGCACAUCUAGUCUUUCUUCUCAAUUCCCUGAGGAUUGCAAGUUCUUUCCAGCUGAUUCAAAGGAGGAGCUGCGUAAAUUCUUAUGGCUUUUGAAGGACCAACGUCUCACCACGCCUCAUUGGCGAAGCAUGCGACCCUAUGUUAUGGCUCAUGAAGUUGAGUUCAUUGCUGAUGAUUCUUCGCCAGGGAAGGCCACUCUCCAUCUCUCAGGCUAUGUACGUGCUCACAAUCUCUCUGUGAACCAGUUGGUUCAUGUUUCAGGAGCUGGGGAUUUUCAGUUAUCUCAAAUUGAUGUUGUCAAGGAUCCUUUUAGUCAGAGUGAGUAUAAAUAUCACGCAAAUUCCAUGGAUUUAGACAAUUCGUCUGGUCCAAAGGUUGUUCUUUCCCUAUUUCCUGAUGCUUCAAAGCAAGAGCCCUUGCUUGUUGAAAACAUACCAGACCCUCUUGCUGGAGAGCAGACUUGGCCAACAGAAGAAGACCUAGCUGUGGCUGAUGAGAAGAGAGAAAGAAUGGUGAGAAAGAAGACUUUUCUUCCUAAAGGCACUUCUGAUUACCAGGCUGCUUGGAUUGUGGCUGAUGAAAUAGAUGAUGACAACUCUGUUGAAAGUGAAGAAGAAGAGAAUAAUCACAUGGUAUUGGAUGAGGCAGAUAAUGAAGGAGGAGGUGACCACUUUGAUCGAUUAGCCCCUGAUGAAGACCACAUAUAUGGUUCAUUUAGCAUGAGAGGUUUCGAUGAAGAAACAGAGGUGGGUACAACUAUGACUGAAGAUGAGAAUCUAACAAAGGAGGAUAUUGAAGCUGAGAUGAAAAGAUUGAAAGAAGCUCAUGCAGAUGAUGAACAAUUUCCUGAUGAAGUGGACACGCCAGUCGAUAUUGAAGCUCGUAAGCGUUUUGCAAAGUACAGAGGCCUCAAGUCUUUUAGAACCUCUUCAUGGGACCCCAAAGAAUCUUUACCAGUAGAAUAUUCCAGAAUAUUCACCUUCAGUAAUUUCUUGAAAACCCAAAAACAGGUUUUUAGGAAGGCCAAAGAAAUGGAUGAAGGGGCCUCAGAUGAGUGUGUGCCUGUAGGUUCAUAUGUGACACUUCAUAUCAAGCAAGUGCCUGUUGUUGUUGCCUGUGAUCUUCAAACCAUGUCAAAAACAAGGCCAAUUGUUUCAUCUGGGCUUUUCCAACACGAGUCGAAAAUGUCAGUUUUGCACCUCAGCAUUAAGAAACACGCCUCAUAUGACAAUCCUAUCAAAUCCAAGGAAGCCCUAACCUUUCAUGUUGGGUUUCGCCAAUUCAGUGCUAGGCCUAUAUUCUCAUCCGAUAAUUUAAACUCAGAUAAGCACAAAAUGGAGAGGUUCUUGCAUCCUGGUCAAUUUUCUGUGGCCUCGAUUUAUGCCCCAAUUUCAUUUCCUCCUUUGCCUCUUAUUGCUUUGAAAGAGAGGAAAGGGGAGGCUUCUUUUGGGCCUUCAGUUGCUGCCAUUGGUUCAUUGAGAAGUAUUGAUCCAGAUCGGAUCUUAUUGAAAAAGAUAAUUUUGACUGGUUAUCCACAAAGAGUUUCAAAAUCUAAGGCAAUAGUGAGGUUUAUGUUUCAUAAUCCAGAGGAUGUUAGAUGGUUUAAGCCAGUAGAUGUGUGGACUAAGUGUGGGCGAAGGGGCCGAGUAAAGGAGCCAGUUGGUACUCAUGGGGCUAUGAAGUGCAUUUUUGAUGGGGUGGUUCAACAGCAUGAUACUGUUUGCAUGAGCUUGUACAAGCGACUUUAUCCUGUGUGGCCAGAGCUCCAAGGCAUAUAGAUUGCAGGUUUGUUUUUGGGCUGCAUUAUAGAUUGUAAGAAGAAAAGUUUCAUUUGGAUAUUUACUUCAGUUUUGUUUUGUUGUAAUUUGGUUGUGAUCAAUUUGGUUUUUUUUUUUUUAGUCGGCAGCACCAGUUUUGUUUCUUUGAAUGGUUUUCUUUUAUGCCGAUUUGAUAUUAGCAGGCUGAGAUUUCAUUGCAAGGAUCAUUGAGCUAUUUAUUGUAGAAUUAUUUUCUUACUUGUUCUGGGAAUUAUCUA